AAGUUCUACAUAAUAAUAAUAAUAAUAUGCCAUUUAGCAGAUGCUUUUAUCCAAAGCGACUUACAGUCAUGUGUGCAUACAUUUCUACAUGUAAUAUCAGUUUCAGGUAAAUGUAAGUAUAUUUGUGGUCAGUAGAGUUGCCUGUAUGUAUCAAAACGUUGUAGGAGUUGAGUCCUACAGGCUGCAGUGCAGUUAGUCCUCAUUUAAACACAUUCUUGUUACCUGCCCUAGAUGUCUGCAUGCUCCAGUUCAGUGCCAACACAAGUCCCAGACCAUGUUGAACAGUCUACUGAUCUCAUAGAAAGACUUAGGAGGGGCAUAGUAGCAAUUACUACUAAGCAACCAUAGCAGGCAGAUAUCUGGAGUGAGUAAAAAUAAUAUAUUUGUUUUAGGACAGGUGAACUCUCUGCACUUCCACUGGUGUGUGUGCUUCUUUCUGCCUGAAUCCCGCGGCUACAACAUAAUCCUACCGGUUUAUUCUGAAAUUGCAUUCUUCUUUUUUUGCUUGUCCUCCACAUUACAUUGUCCCUAUUGUGGUUUGUCCUCCACUGCGCUAGCCGUGGUGUCGCCUGUGGCCGGCAGGGAGCGCUGCUUCGCUGACACAGCCUGGCCCCAGUAAAAAAAAAAAAAAGUUUGUUCUGCGUUGUGUUUUUACGCAGGCGCAAAGCAUGCUGUUUGUCCAGUUUCUCUGGUUGAUUUACCUGUGAGUUGGAGCAGUUUCGGUUCUUCGUGAGAGGAUUAAAUAAUACCGACCACUGGUUUGAGUAAACGCGUCCCGGGAGACUAACCUCAUUCCCCGGUAUGUGAGACUAUAGGGAAGCCCGCUGCGGAGCACGAGAGCUGCUCGGGAUUUCUCCGGGAUUUCUCCCAACAUUUCAGAAUCAGUGCAACAGCAGGUGCGCGAGCGGGGACGAAAGGCAGGCGGAGACGAAAGGGGGGUUGUGCUUCCGUGAGUGAGUUCACUAUUGAAACCGAAUAAAUGAUUGGGAAAUUCAACUGGUUGCUUUGUUAAUGCCGAAUAGUCGGGUCCUGCUCAAUUAUGCGGCUGGUGAUCCCCACUGCUGCCGAGUUUCAGGAUUCAGCGGCAGCUUGAAGUCUCCGUGCCUGCGGUGAGGGACUCUUCGCCCCGGGGUGGUGGCAGUGGGACAAACGCCACACACAUUGUUUCCCUGUAGUAAGACUCUCCGUGGAUACCGAACACGGUGCUCGCGCUGUGAGUAGAAUUAACAAUUGGAAAGAUGAUGGGCUUCCUACGCCGGACGUUCAGCCACCACUCGCGCAGACGGUUUCAGACAGCGGACGAACCGGACGGGAAAGGAAGAGGGGGAACUGCGAACCCCGCGCUCCUCGCACACCAACAGCAGGUCGUCCACGCGCCCGCCGUGGUGACCGGGGGAGCGGCUGUGCACAUCCCGGCGGCUGGGACCGCCAGGGAUGCAAUCACCUGCCGCGUGCUGCUGCUGGACGGGUCGGACGUUAACGUGGAUAUACCAAAAAGGUCAAAGGGCCAGGAGCUGUUUGACCAGAUCAGGUAUCAUCUGGACCUGGUGGAGGCUGACUACUUUGGACUGCAGUUCAUGGACCCAGAACAAGUCUCGCACUGGCUGGAUGUGUCCAAGCCCAUAAAGAAACAGAUCAGAGAUGGUCCUCCAUACAGACUGUUCUUCAGGGUGAAGUUUUACUCCUCAGAGCCCAAUAACCUGCAUGAGGAGUUCACCAGGUACCUGUUUGUGCUGCAGCUUCGACAAGACAUUCUGUCCGGCAAGUUGAAAUGUCCAUAUGAUGUAUCAGUAGAACUGGGGGCCUACUGCUUACAGAGUGAGCUGGGGGACUGUGACCCUCUAGAGCAUUCUCCUGAGCUGGUGUCAGAGUUCCGCUUCACACCCAAACAGAGUGAGACCAUGGAGGCAGACAUUUUUAACAAGUGGGUGGACCUAAGGGGUAAGGAUCCAUCACAGGCAGAGACCAGCUUCCUCAACAAGUGUAAAUGGCUGGAGCUGUACGGAGUGGACAUGCACUUUGUCAAGGGAAGGGACGGAGGAGAGUACGCUCUGGGUCUCACUCCCACUGGCAUCCUGGUGUUUGAGGGCUCCGCCAAGAUAGGCCUGUUUUUCUGGCCCAAGAUCACCCGCCUGGACUUCAAGAAGAGUCGACUCACUCUAGUGGUGACGGAGGAUGAUGAUCAGGGGCGGGAGCAGGAGCACACCUUUGUGUUCCAGUUGGACAGUUCGAAGACGUGUAAACACCUGUGGAAAUGUGCCGUGGAGAGCCACGCCUUCUUCCGGCUACGUCAGCCCACUGCUGGGAAUGCCUCCCGCAGUGACUUCACACGCCUCGGAUCACGCUUCAGGUUCAGUGGAAAGACUGAGUACCAGGCGACUCACGGAGGGAGGCUGAGGAGGGCCAGUACGUUUGAGAGACGACCCAGCAAGAGAUACCCCUCCCGCACUCACUCACUGGGGAGCAAGGCCAAACCACUACACCUCAGCACCCACACCAGCCCCGAACCUAGUCUACACCCAUACCAGUGUAACAUCCCUAUAGCCCAUGAGCCUUGGCACCCAGCCCUCACACCCCCCAUCUACAUACAACGCUCAGGACACACAUCCCCGCACAGUUUCCCUCUGAGUGGUCCUGUCCUGGGAGGGGAGCAGCAGUUCAGUGUUGAGGAGAAUGAGACGCCGUACUCUGGAAGCAUGCACCAUCACCACCGCAGUCACACGCACUACGACAACAGCCAGGAGACUUAUUGUCACACACACAGCAAGAACAAACACAGAGCCCCUCCCUGUCCUGUAGAUGAGUUGGAGCUCUGUCUGCUCAACCCCCUGGAGACAGACAGCAACACCUCUCCCUGGCCUUCACUUCAUGUCAACAUGGACAACAAGGCGGAGGAGAAGCAGUUGUCUGAGAAGUCUCUCCACCCCUCCUCUCCCCGCAGCCCUCCAGACCAUCUCAAGUGUAACAUCCUCAAAGCUCAGAUGGAGGCUCUCUAUAGAGAUGCUCCACUGACGCCCAGAGGGAAGACAUCUAGUCAGGAGAUCAACGACAGGCCAGUAUUACCAGUGAUACAGUACUCCUCCCAGUGUGUGUGUUUGAUGGUAGAUAAUGGUAUGUGUGUGUGUCUCAGGUAUCAGAGCUCCAGUCAGGACUCUAGAGACUCUGCCACGUCCAGUCUGACCACAGAGAAAAUGUCCCUCCGCCCAGACCACAACUCAACCACAGACAGACCCGCCAAGUCUAACUCUAACCCCAACCGCAGGAAAAGACUGGUCAGGCAGUUCAGCUUUAACCAUGAGGACGAGGAUAAUCUCCCAGAGGCCCUUGCAGCAAUCUCGUCCCGGAGCACUGGGAAGUCUGGAUCUAACAACUCACUGGACAACCAGACACAACCCUCCAUAUACCCCCAGGAAACACACACACAGAUGGACAUGCCGAUACUGGAGCUGGGGAGUCCAUGCUGUGAGCGUUCCCCCUCUCCCCACCUCUCCCCUUCCUACUACCACACCUCUAUCCCUCACCUGGUACCCUACCUCGCCUCACACACCGACAGCGGGGAGGAGAUGAGGUUGGGCAGAGAGAAGAUUCUCAGGGCUCUCCUGAUGACGGAGCUCUGAGUCCCCUGACCCCUGUGACAUCAUGGAUGUCUCAUGGACCCGGUCUGAGAUGACCUUCAGGAGUCCCACCUCCACUGGCCGCACUCAGCAUUUAGACAUUUACAUAAUGCAGUCAACCUUUCUAUAUUUGCAUAAAAACGACUUUGCUUAAGUGUUAUUUUACAAGGAACAUGUUUUAUGUAUACCCACACUACAGACCCUGAAAUAACAUUAACACAUGCUCAGAGAGAAUCAAAUAACCAGGCAGACAGACAGACAGGCGGGUAGAGGGACGGGUGAUGAUGAAAGAUAGUAAGGGUACUGCUGGGAAUCCUACACACUCGAAGCCCUAACUGUUUAAAUGAUGACACAAUAAAUAAUUUGUCAUGACUUAUUGUAUUGUCAAGUUGACCCGCUCUAAUCAAACUGCUACAUGCUGGUAACUGUUCCCAGGCGAAAAUCUGCAGAGCUGCACUCCCAUUCCUGUCCUGUAGAUAGAGACACACCCACACAGACUGCAGCUUGGAUCAGUUGUAGUUUCCGUAACCACUACCUAGAUCAGGCAUUUUUUACAUCCUCCUAAUAGUUAAUGUUAUAAUUUUUGCGAUUAAACUGAUCCUAGGCCUGUGGUUACGCGGAACUAACUGGAGAGUUUGGGUCAGAGCUCAGGUUACAGCUCUGCCAUGUUUCUGUGCAGUUCCUUAUUGCUGUUCUUGUCUAUGUUCUAUACCCCUGUGUUUAACCCUAAUAAAGACAACAUGGUUACAUUUA